AUGGCUCUUAAUUGCUUUUAUAACACAUGGAUGUUUUCAGAAGUAGAAGAGCAGGAGUCAAACAGAAAGUUCUCCUCAGAAGGAAGAUUUCCUAAAGCAUGUAUCUGAGAAUUCAUCAGUGUGGCAGUGGGACUGGUCAGCAUUAGAGGUGUGGACAGUGGCCUUUACCUUGGAAUGAAUGAGAAGGGAGAGCUCUAUGGAUCCGAGAAGCUAACUUCUGAAUGCAUCUUCAGGGAGCAGUUUGAGGAAAACUGGUACAACACUUACUCCUCCAAUGUGUACAAACACGGAGAUUCAGGGCGGCGAUACUUCGUAGCACUUAACAAAGACGGUACCCCCAGAGAUGGGGCAAGGUCCAAAAGACACCAGAAGUUCACGCAUUUCCUGCCGAGACCUGUGGAUCCUGAAAGAGUUCCAGAACUGUACAAAGAUGUGCUUGGAUACAGCUGA